UUUUUUAACAGAGACGGUAUAUUUUGGUAUAUUUACGAGGGCCGGACCGUAUAGUUUAAAGAUAAAUCCGCGGUCACACUGCAUGAAUAUGUUUUUGAAUGAUCUUGGUCAGCCGCUGAUUUUAGAUGCCCAAAAAAAGUAUGGACCCUUCGAACAGCACAACGGAGCGCUUGUCUUGACGUCAGCCGCCUUCAAAGAGCAUGUUGUGCCCACCGAAUGGUGCGCAUGCAUCAUUGGCUCCGAGGAGCAUAUGCUUCGGCUGCGAUCGCAGGACAAUUGUAAAGAAGUCUACAAAUACUGCACUCGUCAAGUCAUAAGUCCCAACAAACCGACUGAAGUGACCUUCGAUCAAACGAAGAUCACUUUGACGCUGAUACCAGUAGGAAAAAGCAAAGACGGGAUGAACAUGACCAUGUACUGCAUAGAGAACUUUAAUUACAGAUGGACACACGAGAACUCUGAUUGUGGAUGAAUUGUCUGAAUAUUUGGAUUUUCUGCCCAAAGCCUGUGCAUCUUUUCAUCGUGCCCUUGGCGAAGGCAUUGAUAUCUUGUACAUUGACG